UCUGCACAAAAGGAGAGGAGAAACCCAGUCAGAAUGAAAGGACUGACCGCAAUCAUAUUUGUCCUGCUGGGGUCAUGCAUCUGCAGGUCAUCAGGACAAUCCUGUGAAUAUUCCUGCGGGGAAAUAUUCCAGUCCUGUUCAUGCCACUCGACGUGCUCCUCUCUGGGAAUCUGCUGCUCAGACUACAAGGACUACUGUUUGGAUAUCCUCCCCUACUCCGGCUCCAUUCUGGGUGGGACAGAUUUUACUCUGCUGGGUGCAAAUUUCAAUAAGAGCUCUCACAUUGUGUGCAGGUUCAAUAAUGACACAGACACUGUGGGAUAUUUGGAUGAAAACAGUCGGGGCCACUGUAUCUCCCCACUGUUGUAUCAGACAGGAUGGGUCCCUUUCCAAGUCUCCUCUGAUAACGGUACUACGUUCAACAGAGAGGGAUCCUGGCUCUCAGUUCACACUGGCAAGUUGAACUCGAAGUUCAAGGCAAUUCUGACCAACUCAACACAAUGGCAGUACUACGGCACUCCUGGUGUCGGAGGAAUCCUGGAGAUGACGUGGAACACGUCUUUGGUCAGAGCUGAGAGGGUCAAUAUAGAGCUGUGGGGGUACAGGGAGACAGGAAAACCUUAUUCAGACAGCUGGCUGGGUGAGUGGGCCUAUCUCUACUCCCUCGCUAAGGAUUAUCCCAACAACGGCUCUUUUAGCUUUCUGCCCAAACCAGCAGAAAAUGGCUUCUCAAGUUGGGAGCUUGGUGCUGUGCGUGUCGGUGCCAGCAGCUACCCUGAUGGAGUGUGGAACGUGCAGGCUGUUUGGACCGAGGAUCACGCUCUGGCCUGGCAUCUGGAGGAGAAGUUCAGGCAGAACUCGUCAGUCUGGGCUUUGGACAAAUGUUUAGCGUGGGACAAACUGGAGGAUCAGCUGCCUAACUUUCUCGCUGAAAUCAUCGACUGCCCCUGCACCCUGGCUCAGGCUAGAGCCGACACAGGGAGGUUUCAUACUGACUACGGCUGUGAUAUUGAGAAAGGGAGUGUGUGCACCUACCAUCCUGGGAGUGUUCACUGUGUGAGGGCCAUCCAGGCCAGCCCCCUGUACGCAGCAGGACAGCAGUGUUGCUACGAUAGCACCGGUGCCCAGAUCCUCACGGCAGACUCGAUCGGGGGCAGCACUCCAGACCGAGCCCACGACUGGGGCUCUCCUCCUUUCAAGAAACCGCCUCGAGUUCCCGGAGAGUCCCACUGGGUGUACGAUGUGCUCAGCUUCUACUACUGCUGCCUCUGGUCGGACAACUGCAGCUACUACUUCAAACACCGACCAUCCAGCGACUGCAGGCGCUACCAGGCACCCGGCUCAGCUGUGGUGUUUGGAGAUCCUCAUUUCAUAACAUUUGAUGGUGUCAGAUACUCCUUCAAUGGUAAAGGAGAGUACACUCUGGUCUCCUCAAGAGAGAAACAGCUGACUAUCCAGGGCAGAACGGAGCCAGUGAACGGAACCUCUAUAAAAGCUACAAAGCUGUCCUCCGUGGCCAUGCAGGAAGCAAACUCUGACGUGAUCGAGGUGCGACUGGGUGGCAGCCAUGCUGGUCUUGAAGUGUUGCAGAAUCAGAAAAUGCUCUCAUUCUCUGAGCAGAGCUGGAUGGACCUGCACGGUGUGUUCCUGUUCUCUCCUGUUUCCACAAACGUGACCGUGAUGUUUCCCUCUGGAGCCGGGGUGGAAGUGCGACUGAGAGAGGGAACCAUGACGACCACUGUGCUCCUUCCUGAGGAGUUCACAAACUCCACCCUGGGUCUGCUGGGCCGGAUGAACGGAGACCCCAAAGAUGACCUCGUGCUCAGCAAUGGGGAACUCGUACAAAACCAGAGCAACCCUGAAGAGCUGUUCAGCUUUGGAGUGGACUGGGCGGUCUUAAAUCAGUCUGCUUUGUUCACAUAUGACUCAGAGUACCUCAUGGAAGAAUAUCUCCAUAGUCCCAAACAUGACCAGAAUUUUCUUCCAGUAAUUUCUCUUCCUGAGAAUCCGGAUGAUCCUUUAGCCAAUCAGGCGUCAGAGAUCUGCUCUGGAGAGGGAUCACAGUUCUGCAAGUAUGAUAUCCUGGUGGGCCGUAGUCCAACCAUGGGGAAUGCCACCAGAGUGUCGUUCCAAAGUCACAUUUCUCUUGUUCAGGAUCUAAAGCCAGUGGUAUCAUGUGGAUGGCUGAAACCACCACAAAACGGUAAAAAGGAGGGAACCACAUACCUGCAAGGAGCUACGGUGCGGCUCUCCUGUGAUGACGGCUACACUCUGAGAGGAUCAGCCGAGCGAUUUUGCCAGAAGAAUGGCCAGUGGUCUGGAGAGGAGACGAGCUGCGUGAUUCCCAGUAACAAUGCAGGGAUCAUCGCUGGUUCAGUCAUCGGAGCCAUCGCACUGAUUGUGAUCAUAACAACAUUAGUGCUCCACUCCAAAAAGAAGAAAAAAAAAGCUGCACGGCCGGCUGAAGUUGACAAAGUUGAGUCCUUCUGAAUGAAAUCAGACACAAUGUACAUAAUCAAAACUUCACCUUGUUGUAUAAAACACUUUAGAAUAUGAAAAUAUAAUACAAAGGACUGAGUUUAACUUUGGCUGUCAACCUUUAGAAAACAGCCUCACACCAGCAUUUGUACCUGCAUUACACUAAGCAGGUCUAAGAGUCAAACAUACAGAGAGUCUGCUCAGUAAACCUCUAACCUGUCCACGCUGACUAACACUCCAUGAUUGUUCAUGUCAUCAAAUGUUCUGUAGAAAAACUUGGUUAGCUCUUUAGACAGUUGUUGCACUGUUAGUAUGUUUGCAU